GAAACCCCAAAGGAUAACGAUGAUUGGCCUAUUGAGAUACAUGCUCCACGUCUACCUGUUCCUCGUCGGAGCACACUUGUUCAACCGCUCGUGGGACUAUGCGCUGGACAAGCAGUGGGUCCCUCGCGAUGGCCUGGUGGUCAAGUAUCUGAGUGAUUUCAGUGAGUUCGAGACAACACCUGAGCAGCUCAUCUACCCGGUAGCAAAUGCGGAGAUAUUUGUGCGUGCUUACGUACGUCCCGCCAAUGAAACCCACUACAGCCGCCUGACUCAAUGCGAGCUGUACAAAGGUGUCCACAGGGACACUAUGGUGAGGAGGCUGACGUCUGGGGGGAAAGACCCAGGACGGGUCAACAUAGAGGCUGCACGAUAUUCAUGGAGUUUUUUCUACCUCGUACGGUCCUGUUUCCGCCUGAGACAGCCGAGUACGGACUUCGACGUGCCGGAUAGCAAAUAUCAACGACAAAGCACAAUGCAGAUUAAUAAUAAGUUCUAGAUGUAUAAGCUCUGGGUUACGUAGAUGACGUCACAUUAUAAACAAUAAUUUCUAAUCAUUCAAAUUUCCAUUGUUUAUCGGUAAAACCCACAAGUUCUUUCUCCGUACAAUGUAUCCAGGGGUUAUAUAACAUCUCGAUAUCGUGCAUUUCACAUUACUGUUCCAUAGUACGAAAACUAUGGUGUCUUCUGACCGUGUGUUCUGUUAAGGGUAUAUGUAAAAUUAAACAUAAUGUUAUAU